AUGAGGACGGCUCCCCAUCCCCGCAGCGCCCCGACUCACCUGAGCCACCUCUCUCCCCGGCCAGCCUGGCCUGGCCUGGCCCGGCUCAGCUCAGUUCAGCUCAGCCCCGUGGAACGCAGAGCCGAGAGGGCUUUGGGCAGUCGGCGGCCUGGGCAGCCGAGAUUCCUGCAGCAGCGGCGGGAGGAGGGACGAAGGAAGCGGAGUCUCCUCCUCCCGGGGGGAGGGGAGAGGGAGAAGGGCGAAGAGAACCGCGGGGCAGGGACAGGGGCUGGCGCAGCCCGUCUGGGUGUGUGGCUUGCGCCAGACUCAGCUCGGCCAGAUUCUCUUGCAGAGAAACCAGGCCUAUGCCCUAAGGAUCUCCUUCCAUGCAAAGAGCUAUGCCAUGGAGACAAUUCCUGCCCUCAUGGCCAGAAAUGCUGCAGCACAGGCUGUGGGCACAUGUGCCAGGGAAACAUUGAAGGAGGACGGGUCGGCCAUUGUCCACUUGUCCUCCAGAGCCAUUGCAUAAUGGGCUGCAAAACUGAUGAGAACUGUCCACAUGGAGAGAAAUGCUGCAAGUCUGACUGUGGCCAGGUCUGUGUGGCCCCUAUCCUAACUCAAAACUCCACCCAGACUCCUGAGGGGGAGCCUGCUGCUCAAAACUUUACGGAGACUCCAAUCCCCGAAAUACUUCCAGUUCUAGAAACCCAGGUGAACUAGGUGACCUGAUGUUUCAGAGCUUCCUCAACUCCAGGAAUGGCGGGACUUCACUGGCCUCCUGGGGUCUCUUGCCUUGGGGAAUAGAUGGUCUUACUCACUGGCCCCUCAAU